GACAAAACUGCGGCGUGCCUCGAAUAAAUUAGUCAGCUCACUAGACUUGAGAAAUGAGAGCAAGUUAACUGGCUAAUUCGGUUACAGGAGUCGUCUGCUGUCAGGUUCCAGCGCCGCUAACAUUAGUUUGGCUGUGAGCUCGACGGUCGCCGGCUUGGUUUUGAGCUCCUGGUUUUGACCUCGAAGGUCGCCGGCUUGGUUUUGAGCUCCUGGUUUUGACCUCGACGGUCGCCCGCUUGUCCGGUUCGUUUGUCCAACGUUCCAAUCCAAACGUCUCUUUAACGCUAUUCGUGGGAGGGAGUACGCGGAAGUUGCUCCUCCACCUCUCAACUCUCGCUAGCUAGCGUUAGCCAACAAUAAGUCACAGCGAGGUGACUGAAGGAAGUUCGCUGCUGCAUAGCUACUAAUGGUGCACAAGUUCGUCGACUGCCAACGUUCGGUGAGGGAAGAGGCGUUAAAGGAGCGUUAUCGUUAGGGGCGCGGUGCUUUUGUAGUUGGUUACCCUAACUAGCUAUAUUUCCUUAGCUAGGUAUAGUCGUCUAGUUCGGUUAGAUAACGUUAGCUAACUUGGGCUUUGUGGACUAACUACAGCAGUCAAGAUGAUUCCCGAUAAGGCUCCCAAAAAAGACGUUUUGCACGCCGCCGAGGAUUUGAAGAAAGAAGCACACAUAUCCAGUUUUGAGACAUUUAAGGAGCUCUACGAAAAGUCAGUCGAGUCUCCAGAGGAGUUCUGGGGAGAUGUUGCCAAAGACUUCUUCUGGAAAACCAAACACACUGGCCAGUUUCUGGACUACAACUUUGAUGUGACCAAGGGUAAAAUCUUUGUCAAGUGCAUGGAGGGGGCCACCACAAAUAUCUGCUACAACAUUCUGGACCACAACAUCCAUGAGAGACAGCUGGGGGACAGAGUGGCCUUUUACUGGGAGGGUAACGAGCCGGGAGAUGAGAAGACCGUGACCUACAGAGAACUUUUGGAGCAAGUGUGCAAGUUUGCCAACGUCCUUAAGUCGCAAGGGGUGAAGAAAGGGGAUCGAGUGUCCAUCUACAUGCCCAUGGUCAUUGAGCUGGUAGUGGCCAUGUUGGCUUGUGCCCGAAUUGGAGCAGUGCAUUCUAUUGUGUUUGCAGGCUUUUCUGCUGAGUCACUCUGUGAAAGAAUAAUAGAUUCUCAGUGUUCUCUGCUGAUCACAGCUGAUGGCUUUUACCGAGGGGAUAAGCUUAUCAGUCUUAAGGUGAUUGCCGACGAGGCGCUGCAGAAAUGCAGAGACAAGUCUGUCCUAGUGGAGUGCUGCAUUAUGCUGAAACACUUAUCGAAGGAGGAAGAGGAAGUGUCGCCGAGCCCAGGCUCCCUGUCGCCCCCAGCCAAGCGCUCCUGUCCAGGCCUGCAGCAGGAGAAACAGACAGAAAAAGUAAGGAAGGUCCGUCCCAACCCCAAGGUGCCCUGGAACCCAGAGGUGGACUUGUGCUGGCACACACUAAUGGAAGAAGCGUCCAACGAGUGUGAGCCCGUGUGGUGUGAAUCUGAAGACCCUCUCUUCAUCCUCUACACCAGUGGCUCCACUGGGAAACCUAAGGGUGUAUUGCACACAGUCAGUGGUUACAUGCUCUACACUGCUGCAACAUUUAAACUGGUGUUUGACUACCACCCCGAUGACAUUUACUGGUGCACCGCAGACAUUGGUUGGAUUACUGGUCACUCGUACAUUACCUAUGGGCCCCUGGCCAAUGGGGCCUCCAGCGUCCUGUUCGAAGGUCUGCCCACCUACCCCGACGUUAGCCGCAUGUGGCAGAUAGUGGAUAAGUACCAGGUCUCCAAGUUUUACACAGCCCCCACCGCCAUCCGGCUCCUCAUGAAGUAUGGCACAGAGCCAGUACACAAGUGUAAACGGACUUCUCUGAAGAUCUUGGGUACAGUAGGUGAGCCCAUUAAUCCCGAGGCUUGGCAGUGGUUCUACAGUGUAGUGGGAGAUAAGCGAUGCCCCGUAGUUGACACCUUUUGGCAGACAGAGACGGGAGGGCACGUGCUAACGCCCCUACCAGCUGCCACGCCUCUAAAACCGGGAUCUGCAACGUUCCCGUUUUUUGGCGUGGUGCCUGCCAUUCUGAACGAGUCGGGUGAGGAGCUGGAGGGACCGAGCGAGGGUUACCUGGUGUUCAAGCAGCCUUGGCCUGGUGUGAUGAGGACUGUGUAUGGGAACCACGAGAGAUUUGAGGCCACCUACUUCAAGAAAUUCCCAGGAUACUACGUAACUGGAGAUGGUUGCCGCAGAGACAAGGACGGCUACUACUGGAUCACCGGCAGGAUCGACGACAUGCUGAAUGUUUCAGGUCACUUGCUGAGCACGGCGGAGGUGGAGUCGGCUCUGGUGGAGCACCAGGCGGUGGCGGAGGCCGCCGUGGUGGGGACGCCGCACCCUGUCAAAGGAGAGAGCCUCUACUGUUUCGUCACACUCGCAGACGGCAUCAGCUACACCGCCGCCCUGGAAGCUGAGCUCAGGCAGCAAGUGAGAGAGAGAAUUGGUGCUAUAGCUACACCCGAUUACAUCCAGAAUGCCCCUGGACUUCCCAAAACCAGAUCAGGUAAAAUCAUGCGGCGUGUGCUGAGAAAGAUAGCGUCCAACCAGCGGGACAUGGGAGACGUGUCCACACUGGCAGACAGCACCGUCCUUGAGCAACUGUUUGAGAACCGCUGCGGUACUGCAAUGUGAGCAGCAGGGGGACCACUUCACUCUGGCCCAGCACAGGGCUAGAAGCCCAGGAGAGGGGGCACACUUGGAAUAACGUUUGGAACAAGGCGACCAAAGACAACAAACAACAACGAAAACAGUUGCUGCAGUUGUAAAGUUAUUCAGAAUGUCUGGGAACUGGAAAGGUUAGAGAUUUUAUUGACUCCAAGUUGUGCAUUAAUUUUUAGGCUAAGUGGAAAAGUUAUUUUUGUUAGCUUUGCUCUGUUGAUUUUGUUUUUGUCUCACAUCUGAUAUGCUUGGUGUCAUAUGAUUACAUGCACACAAACUGUGUUAAACUAAUCGUAGUCUGAUCAGACUUUCUGCUUCGCAAAAGACUACUGUCUUGUUAUGCCUCUGGAUGCAAUUUAACCUGUUGUGGUGAAAUCCAUGAUUGUAAUUAAUGCACCACUCGUCAAUCCCACUCAUCAAUAUAUAUAUAUAUAUAUAUAUAUAUUUUUAAUGAACUUGUACCAUAUUUAAUGUAGGUAUGGGGUUUCAAAUCAGGUGUUCACUCCUCAAUCCAGACUAUAUACACCGGCUUCGUACCUUACAGAAAAAACACUGAAACAAGAACAGUCUCUCCCUCUGCAAGACUGUAGCCAAGCUAACCUGAAACCGCAUCGUUCAGCUAGGACUAUUGGGAGGAUUUUAGGAGCUUGGCUCUUGAACCACAGACAAUGUGAAAAACUCCUGUAGUCCUUAUUCUAGCCAUAUUUUGUGCUUUCUUUACUAGGAUGCUGCAUAAGAUGUAUUGGAUCUGACGUAUUAAUAGCCGAUAUUGUCCAACUCCUACUGCAUGAAGACUGUUUAUGUAUAUUUAGAGUGAAUUAUGUAUGUUUUUCGGUCUUAAAUGUGUAGUUGUAUGUUAAAAGCAGGUUUGAUUCCUGUCUCAAGUCAUAAUGCUACUGGAUGGCUAAAAAAUGUUGUGUGAACACACAUUCUCCAGCCCGUCCAGUGAUUGCCUAAUUGUUGUGGGGGGUUGUACUGUGGUAUAUGGAGAAAUGCGUGUAGUUAAUUAGUCUUGUGUUUUUUGGUGGUUUUUUUUUGUGUGUGUGUGUGUGUGUGUGUGUUUGAUUUUGUUAAAUGUUCUAAAGGAAAGCACUUCAGGAAACAGCAGCGUGGCGGUGAUGAGUUGAGGUUUACCUGGCGUACUGUGGAAGACUGUUCUUUUUUAGGUUUCACCUAAAAGGUCACAUACGAAACAAAAGGAACAAUUAUGUAGGAUAAUAUUUGCCUUUUUUCUUACUGCACAUUGUAUUUUUAUUAAGCUCAGAUUUUGUUCUGUUCUGAUUUGAGGAGUUUUGGUUCUUUCUGCAUUAAUGCUCGUUGUCUUGCUUUUUUUGGUCAGAAUUCUUUUACUGAUUUUCAAUUUCCUUGCCUCCUGUCACAAGCACUUGGUCUUUCUUCUAUCAGAAGCUAACUCAUUUCUAAUUACUUUUAUGCUGUUUUUCACUUUACGGUAAUGUUAGUGUGUUCUUGUAAUCAUCUUAUUUUGAAAGAUUUUCAAGUAAUGGUUCAUAUUUUCACUACUUUAUGAAAUAAAGUACCUUCUAGGUACUAUUUGGUAUGGUUUUUCUUUUGUCUUGCUUUUGUGUGUUUGUGUCUGAGUGCAUGCAGGUUUGUCUUUCUAUACUGCUGCAGACUAGAUGUCUCAAGAUUAGUAAUAUUUAUUUAGGAUGCUGUGAUUGGGCUUGCUAAAAACCACAUUAAACAGUGGCGCUGGUUUUUCAACCAGACCCAAAUCAUUUUG